AUGGACCAGUGCGCUGCUGUCUGCUUGGCAUUCCCGCCAGAGGAUCUGCUGGCAGACAACCAGACCUACCACAAGGCUGUAGGCGUUCACCUCACCCAGCUCUCGAAGCUGCUGAAGGAGUCAACCACGACGCUCGUAACCCAUGGUCUCCAACUACUGGAGCUUAUGGAUCCCGCUGUCAAGUCUUUAUCCUAUCUUGCUGUCCUGCACACUUUGCUCAUCCCCAGCGUGUCAGCGCCUCGCGAUGUUGUCUUGGAGAAGCUGGUGGUGUUCCUGUUGUCGUUCGACUCAAGAUCUCUGCGAUACGCAGGAUCGCAUCUGCUGGACAUCCUGAACCUGACCCCCCAGCUGCUACCUCCCUCGAUAGCGGUCCAGGUUCUUUCUGAAGCGAUCUUGCGAAUCGACCCAACCGGUAGCAUGCUCACAUCCACGCACACCCAUCUUAUCAAGCUCGCCUAUACUUCCAACAGCAUUCAUCCGACCCUCCUGCAAGUCAUCGACAAGCCCAUCGUCUUCUAUCCCGGCAUGGCAAACCAAUCCGAUUCAGACGUCGUGUGCGACAUGUCAAUACCACCCCCCAAAUACAUCUCGAAAGACUCCGCGCUCACUGUAGUCUUGAAGCCAGCCGCGGUAUUGGAAUACGACCUGACUUGCGGAUUGAUUUACUGCGCUCAAAGAGACUGGGCCAAGGCGUAUGCGGCAUUUGAGAGAGUCGUCACAUUUCCCACACGUGAGCAAGGCACGAGUAAGAUCAUGGUUGAAGCCUACAAGAAAUGGGUACUGGUCAGCCUACUUCUGAAAGGCAAGGUGACCCCAACCCCCUCGUACACUGGCCCCGGUGCCAACAAGGUCUAUGAGACCCUCGGCAAACAGUAUACGAACAUUGCAUCUUUAUUUGAGAGCGACGGCGCGCAAAGCUUGAAAGAGGCAGUAGAUGCAGACGCGGCGCUCUGGCGAGAAGACGGCAACAUGGGUUUGAUUCGAGAGGUUCUAGCUGCAUAUCAGAUGUGGCAUGUUCUGAACCUCCGACAAGUCUACACCAAGAUAUCGAUUCCCGAGAUCCGCCAACAGACCAAAAGCGCCCAGACAGGCAAUAUUCUUGACAAAGAUGAGGAUAUCGAGACUUUGAUCCAGAACAUGGUGGCAUCCGGCAUGUUGGAUGGCAUCACUGAGAAGCAUGACGACGGUACCAAGUUCUUGACAUUCCUCCCUCCCUCCACGGCUCUUUCGGAGCAGCAAUUGGCAGCAGAGUUGGCGCAAACCGCCACCCGCCUCAAGAACCUUCAGCCCGUUUUCAAGUCGACAGGUGAGCGACUUGGAACGAGCAAGGAGUAUGUGAGACACCUCGUGAAAGAUCAACGACGCGGCGGCGACAAGGACAAUGACACGAUGAUGGGCUUCGACAAACAGGUGGAUGAAGAGGACCUUAUGGGUGGGAUCACAUCGACCUGA